AUGAAUUCUGGGAUAGCAAGGAGGAUCAACAAGUAUUGCAGAACAUCGAAUACUCCUGCUGAUUCUUUAGGCCAACGCUCCUAUUCAAGCCUAAACUCAAACUGCAUCUCUAAGACCUUAAAAGAGAUAGGAUGGGGUUGCACAGAGAAGAAGCAUAGCAGAAAUAUCUGUUAUAUUCCUACCAAAUUUACUAAUGGAUUUCCAAAUUACAACAAAACUUCUUCUUUGAAGAAGCUGAAGGACUUUGCAAAGAUAAAAUCAUCUGCUCCAGACUGAGUCGACACCGGAAAAGGCACCUACAAAGACACUCUGAAUGAACUUGACGCUUUAGCUAAAGUCAGAGUUUAUAAGGCUAGGAAAUGUAUUAACAUUCCUGGAAGAAUCCCCUUUGAACAUCUUGACUUAAGAAAAUAAGAAAAGGAUUAUUAAAUCUUUAAGCAGGUUUGAAAUUGUAAAGGCUGGCAAACCUCCCAGAAAAGUCAAGAAACAAUCUCUAAAAGCAUUGAUGAAUGGGAGUUAUCUCAAGAUUCAAAUGAGUCCGCAGAAUAUCUCUCUGUAUGAUACCUUGAAAAGUCAAAAUUUGAGUACUAAUCGUGAUUCUAGAAGAAAUCAUAAUAAACCCGAUGAGAACCUUAGCCCAGUUCCUAAUAAAUUCUCAAUAGAGUCUUCUUAUUCCCUGACUGGGACUGCUAAAUAAGUCUAAACGUAAGGAUGCAAGUAAUGAGCUACAAUUUUCUGCUCGGAAUUACAAGGAAAAUGUAAUUUACAAAAGUGAGCAAUACAAAGGAAUUUUCAAGAAAGCUCUUAAAGUGCAAGCAAAUGCUAUAAUGCAGGAAAGCACACAAGCAUUUCUGAAGAAGAAAUUUUAUAAAAACAUGGUUCCUAGUCGGAAGAACAAAAGGAGGAAUCAAGCCUCGGUGUAUAAUACUACCUGCGCAAGGUGUAAGAAGGACUCUCAGUGCUUCUCAUUGGCAAGAUAGCC